ACUUCAGUUUCCCCCAUCCUAGUUUCUGGGGGAAGAUAGUCGCUGGAGGGAUUGCUCAACCAGAGGCCGCCUUGCUGUUUCCGGUAGCCUGCCAGGCUGAGUGGGAAGAGGCUGAAGGGACUAGGGAGGAUGCCUGGGAAGUCGUCUGUCACCCUGGAAGACUGGUCCAACCAGUGUGAGCGCUUCAUCUCAGGAAUGGGUGGAGACUCGAGGCUGGGAGACUGGAAGGAAAUGCUGGGGCCCGGUGGCUUCACAGCCUGGCUGUGUCCUGUGUCCCACUGAACUGCACUCUCCAGAGAGCCAGACCCCACUCUGUGGCUCUCAGUGACUUUGACGUCUGCACAGGAAGCAAGAUGGAGAUCCGGUCCCGGACCCCAGGCUGCUUCCCAAAGGGCCUCCUGUUCUCAGCCUUGAUGCUGAUUCUCUGGCUUCCCCAAGGCUCCCAGGCAGCCCUCCACAUCCAGAAGAUCCCAGAGCAGCCUCAAAAGAGCCAGGACCUUCUUCUGUCCCUUCAUGGUGUCCCCAGCACCAUCCAGGACUUUAUCUGGUACCUGGGAGAAGAGGCUAACGGGGGCACGAGGCUAUUCUCUUACAUCCCUGGGCUACCGCGGCCCCAGAGGGAUGGCAGCGCCAUGGGACAGCGAGACAUCGUUGGCUUCCCCAAUGGUUCCAUGCUGCUCCGAGGUGCCCAAGCUUCAGACAGCGGCACCUACCAAGUGGCCAUCACCAUCAACCCUUCCUGGACAAUGAAGGCCAAGACUGAGGUCCAGGUGGCUGAUACACGUGAAUACUCAGUCACAGGACACCUGCCUGCCAAUGCUGGGAUCAUGGCUGCUACCAUCAUUGGGAGCCUUGCUGUGGGGUCACUGCUUGUAGGUGGAAUUGCCUACCUCCUGGUCACUCGAAGGCGGAAGGGCCGGAGCCCCAGGAUUCCAGCUACAGAGCAGCCGGAACUGAGCACCAGUCCUGACUCUGGUGACAGCAACAUCUACGAAGUGAUGCCAUCUCCAGUCUUCCUGGUGUCCCCCAUCAGUGACACUGAGCCAGUCAACAUGGCCAUGAUGAGUCCUGAGUCCUGUCUAAAUAGAGCACCACAACUCUCCUUUUGUCUCUGA